UUCAGCGGAAAUGCAAAAGCGACGUGUGCUUUCAGUAGCGCUGUUCCAUUUACAAAGAACAUCAUGGUGCUGUUAGAAAAUGACGCGUUUCUCACUGAACUCACACGCCUGUUCCAGAAGUGCAGGACCAGCGGCAGUGUGGUGAUCACCUUAAAGAAAUACGAUGGAAGGACGAAACCGGUGCCAAGGAAAGGCCAUCCAGAGACGUAUGAACCAGCCGACAAUAAGUGUCUCAUCAGAGCAUCAGAUGGCAAGAAGAAAAUUAGCACAGUGGUCAGCACAAAAGAAGUAAUAAAAUUUCAGAUGGCAUACUCCAAUUUAUUGAGAGCACACAUGGAUGGCUUGAAGAAGAAAGACAAAAAGAGUAAAAGUAAGAAGACUAAAGCUACACAGUGAUUUAAAAAUACCAAGGAGAGCGAGAGGGCUGUUUAUUCAGCAAGACGACCUCCAGUGACAUCUGUGCCCUGACCUCGACAACUUUUCCUUCAUGCUGUUGGGGUGUGGCACACCAUAGCAACCAAAGGGGUGGCGGUCGUUUUCUCUGCCUGGAUAAUAUCUUGACAUCUUCCCUGUUCAAAACUGUUCUGUUGGUCAGGAUUGUGCCACAGUCAUUGGGUGUAAUUUAUAAUUUAGUGGUGCCAUAUGAUGUCACUUUUUUUUUUUUUUUUAAACAAAUCAAUUUUUUCUUUUAAAUGUCUUAAGAUCACCUAGCUUUAGCUCCUUAUGUUGGAAAUUCACCUACGAGUGUCCAAUAUUUACAUCCUCUAAUGUACAGAUUUGUUUUUGACUUCAGAAGAGGAUGUACUUUUUUUUUUUUUUUAAAUGCUGAAAGAUACUUGUUUAUUAAGUGUCCUCCAUAAUUAAUUUGUCUGAAAUCAAUGGUUGUUUUUGACACAUUUUUCUUUCCUCCCUUCCAUGCAUUUCAGCACAAACCCAGGCACCAAAACAGGUUUUUAGGUUUAGGGUUCUUGUUUCCAGUUGUUAGCCCAAACAGUGCAAUGAGCAACUAAUAAUAUUUAGAUGAACUUUUUUUUUGAGUCCAAAAUAAAAAAAAAAAAAGCUCGUCCAGCACUGACUGAGGAGGAGUUUUGUGUAAUAUUUUCAGUAGGGCCGUGGUGUUGUUGUUGUUGUUACCUUCCCCGGGAUGGAGUCCACCAGGGAGCGAGGUAUUGUUUUUGGUCGGGUUUUGUUAAUGAUAUUACAGGAAAACGGCUGGCUCAAUCUUCAUGAAACUUUCAGGACAGAUGGGCAUUGGUCUCAAAUAUAACUUCCAUCAUUUUGAGGGUCAUCCGGUCAAGGUCACCAAAAAGGUCAAAAUUGUUUUUUGUUGUGGCUACUGCCUCAUGUAGAGGCGCUAGUCACUACGUCAUCAUGCUGUAAGAACAGAACACUCAUGCACUGCGCAUACACGUGUUCUAAUUAAAAUGGCCGGUGGGUGUAUACAAUUCGGUUCACCAUUCGAAAUAAAUGGACUAAAGAAAUCGCUUUCAGACAUGUUUAUGCUUAUUACAGAGGGAAAGUGUGUUCCAGUGAGCUCUAGCACCGGGCCAUUUCUGGGAAAUAAGAGUUUCAGUCAUGGUGACAGCGUGUUUGUCAGCCUCAUUUUGGAGGUUUCAGUUUUGAAAACUCAUCUCAUCUCAUUAUCUCUAGCCGCUUUAUCCUGUUCUACAGGGUCGCAGGCAAGCUGGAGCCUAUCCCAGCUGACUACGGGCGAAAGGCGGGGUACACCCUGGACAAGUCGCCAGGUCAUCACAGGGCUGACAUACACACAGACAACCAUUCACACUCACAUUCACACCUACGGUCAAUUUAGAGUCACCAGUUAACCUAACCUGCAUGUCUUUGGACUGUGGGGGAAACCGGAGCACCCGGAGGAAACCCACGCGGACACGGGGAGAACAUGCAAACUCCACACAGAAAGGCCCUCGCUGGCCACGGGGCUCGAACCCAGACCUUCUUGCUGUGAGGCGACAGCGCUAACCACUACACCACUGUGCUGCCCGUUUUGAAAACUGUAAGAGUAGAAUAAUGUAAAGUACAGACAGUUGGCGGGUUUUUUAAUUGUUCACUUUUGGAUUACACUUAAUUUUUGUGGCUACUGUGUCAUAGGGUAAAUAUAUAUAUAUAUAUAUAUAUAUACACACAUUUACUGUACGGACAUGGUAUCGGAAUUUUAUUUAUAUGCAGUAGCCACAUGGACCCAUAGGCUCCCUAUUUUUUCAUAUCAUCUUCCUUCAUAUUCAUCAUAAGUGCUGCCAGGCGAGGUUUGUUUUGCCUGGCAACACUUGUUGAACUUGUUUUGCUCUUAAUGUCACUGACCAGAACAGACUUAUUUGAUAUUUAAAGGAACAUUAUGCAAUGUAAAAUCAGUACAUUACAACACUAUGUACACACCUAAGUAACAACCAAAUCUAAAGCUGAAGUUUUAAAGUACGGUGUUCCUCUUGUCGGGCCGCUCUCUGCUUGAGCCGACCGUGUUGCUUCGUUUGGCUUCCUCUUCCUCCUCUGUGUAACCCUGACGCAUCAGCCAAGUCACGUACUGGAACAGAGUCUGGAAAUUAAACAAGAAAAUAUAAUAGAACAUCUGGACUGUAGUGCAUAUUCCUCAGUGCAGUGGUAAAAGAUCAUUUCUAUUUUUACAUGACGUUCUGAGACCGUAGAUGUACAGGCCUAUCCUGAAGUCUCUGGACGUUAGCGAAGAUAUUAUUUUAACUGCCUCCCACUGUUCAACCGGUUUGCAUAUAAAUACCCUCAAAAUAAAGCUGUGACUCUGAGCUUAAAGUGCCUUCAUUUUUCAACUCCUAUAAACUGUAGUAGGUGGUUAAAAUAACAUCUGGCCAGUGUCCAAAUAUUUAUAGAGCUGUGUACAUCUACAAUCUCUGUGUAACUGUAUAUCACAAUGUAUUUGUAUAAUGCUCAGUGAUUGGCCCUUGGUGACCAACUAUCAUACACCACAUUGUCCACAUUUUUGUAGCAUUGCAACCUGUAACUUGACUAUGAAUUUUAAAAUUUAGUUUACAGAAUAAAUCAAACAUUUUGAAGGAGAAGCAUGUUGUGACGUAAAGGUUAAUUAAAGGAAGAAUUUGUUGGUUGCCUAAGUUAUCUCCCUGCUUCAAUAAUUGGUAAAAACUACCUUUAGCUGUAUGUCUUACAGCUUUGCACAUCUGAAUCCUAGUUUAUUUAUUUAUUUCCCAUUCUUGGCAAACCUGCUCAGAUUCAGUCAGACUGGCUGGAGACCAUGAGUUUUGCCCCAGACUCGGAUUUAGUUCUGGUCUCUGACUAUUUCAUUCAGGUUCUUAGUCUUGCACCACUCCAUUGUCACUUUGGCAGCAUGCUAAGGGUCCUUCUCUUGUUGGAAUUCUAAGCAUCCAGUUGCCUGCUGCUGCUGAAGAGCAUCCACACGUGAUGCUACCACUACCAUGUUUCACCGUUAUGUAGUGUUCUCAGGAUGAUGAGCAGUAUUGGGUUUCUGCCCAACAUAAAGCUUUUUACCCAGACCAAAGUGUUUUGGUCCAGCUUUGUGGAGUGUCUGGGUUAAGGAAGUCAUGUGAACAACAGCUAUCUGGCCUGUGGAUCCGUCCAGCUCUUUUAGGGUUACCCCUGAGUCUUUUGGUUGCUUCUGGUUGGUUGUUUCUUGGCAGAGUUGUGGCUCUGCCAAGUCUUUAAAUGUUAGUUAAAAAAUAUAAUGGUACUCUGCAGGAUGCUUAAUGUGGGACUCUGUGUGAUUUCUGAUGGCAACUGGUUACACCAGAACUAAUUUAGGGAUUUCACACCACCAUGGCUGAAUACUUUUUUAUUUUUAUUUGUAAAAUUAUUUACAAAUGCAGUAUUGGUUUUCCAUCGAACCUUAUUAUGGGCUAUUUCAUGUAGAACCAUAUCACAGUCAGGUUUUGGUUCCAGACUGUAAUAUUACAAAGGAAGAGGAAUCUUUAUACAAAGCCCUGUACAUCACAGAGUUUCACAAACAGCAUGCUGCUUUCCCAAGUUAGCUGGCCACUCUACGGCAUAGUAACAGCUGUUGACAUGAUUUUAUGAGGAGUUAUAUUAUGCUAGCUUGGGCAAUAAAACAAACGCAACAUGAGUAAAAAGAGCCUUUCCAGUGGCAACGUGGCAACUAAGUCAUUUUUUUUCCCUCAAAGAUAAUUUGCUUUGUUUAAUCCUUUGCUCAUGACAGUAUUGGAGAAACAGACUGCACAGUGCUGAUUCAGCUCAUGGUUACUGCUGCUUAGGUUAGAAACAGCUCAAGCUUAUAAACACUAAUUUCAGAGAAAGCGUCUGCAAGUAUUGCUGUGUGAAAAGCAUCUCCCUUCAUUAAUAUUACUGGCAAAUCAGUUAAUAUCAAUAAACAUUGGGGUCUGUUUUAUGAAUAUUAAUUUUUUUGUAGGGCAGUGUCAAAGAAAACAUGCAGCAGAAGAGACACCCUUCUAUGGCAGACAAUAAAUAAAAUAAAACACAAAUUGUAUCUUCA